AUGGCUGCGCUUUCGCUCUUAACCUCCACAGCUGCCCUUGACAGGCAGUGCGAGCGUGCAGGCUUGACAGCCCCGUGGGUCACCGCCUUGAAAGAAUCAGGGAUCACUACGUUAGGGAAACUUAGCUAUGCUGUGACGCUUCCGGGGAAUCAACCUUCGAGUGAUGACAUGGAUGCUUUCAUCUUGACCCUCCGGCCGGGAGCGAGAAUCACCUUAGGGGACAGCUCCGCUUUGAAGCAGCUCAUCUUUGAAUCUCAGACCAUGACUGUGGCUGAGCUGAGAUCUUCGAUGCAGGCUACAGACGAGGUGCCAAGGAAACUGCCGGCAUCGGAGCGCUCCAUGCGCAUUGAUGCUCAGAAGCGUCGGCUGUCAGGAUUGCCACUGGAAGGCCCUCUCGCAGUCGCUCAUUGUGUGUAUGACAGGUUAGCAACCAUGCGUGAGAAUGAUGAAUUGAAGUAUCUGGCCCCCAAUGAAUGCAUCACUCGUGAUGAGGAGCUUUGCUGUGAGAAGCCUCCCAAAGCCUUGCACCUUGAUGCAAAUAAGACGGGGUUAGUGUUGAAAGAUGAAGAGGCAACGGCUGCCAUCUCUCUUGAUAGCGACCUGUCCCUGUAUCAAGCAAUGAUGAGGCGUGCCUUAGCUAUGGACUUAGUGGGCCUCGCAUCUUAUGCUUGCGUGCAGAAGUGGAAUGAGCGCCUUUUCCGCAUCAUGAGCCAGGACCCGCCUCCCGAGUUUCAGCGUGUCUCCCGUGCGCAAGUGCUGCGAGCUGACCGGCAGUGUUUCUUGGAGCUUGCUCGUGUGUGCAAUGGAAACUUGAAACCUGGUCCUGAUGGGUCCCUCCCCUUGGAUAAGGAGUUUGAGAAGCUUGAGUUCAACACUACUGUGAUGUACUUCUUGUUGCCUGUGAAAGGCCGGGGCAAGGGAGGAGGCAAGGCUGAUAAGGAUGGUAAGGAUCGUAAGCGCACAAAGACCACAAAUGAUGGUGAGAGCCCGAACAAGAAAGCCAAGAUCACGCGCGACCCGAUUCCCGAAGUUCUCAAGGGUAUGCACUCGAGAACACCAGACAACAAACCGAUCUGCUUCAACUUCAACUUGGGCAAGUGCAAGGCCGGAGCCAAAUGCAAGUUUAAGCAUGCGUGCCAGCUUGUGUGGUUGUCUCCGAACGGUGUUACCCAGCUCUUUUGCGAUUGGCAGAGGGUGCUCUCAAGCUUCCGCGGUGAUAUCCAGUGUGAAGUGGAAAGGUGCAUUUACAUUUUUGCUCAACUGAUCAAGCACUGUGCUGAUACGGAUACCAUGUGGACCAUCGAAGCGCCCUCGCGCUCGCCCUUUUGGCAGACUUCGCUGGGUCUUGAGGUGUCUUCUUCCGCGGUUGAGGUCGACUUGAGCCGCUACGCCCCAGGUGCACGGGGUCGCAUCAAGUUUGCAUCUUCGUGCCCUCAGGUUCUGUCUGCCAUUUCCCCGCCUGUGACGCAGCCUCCGCUUGUCAAAGCCAGCUUGGAGGCAGCUAUGGGACGCAUGUAUCGGGCUUUGGCCCUCGUCAUGCUUGAACACCUUGAUGUGGACGCUUCAAGCUUACCACCUUUGUUUGCAGCUCAGGUUGGCACAGGUAAGCAACCUCGCAAGCCUCUGCUUGCGCCAGUGCCAGAGUUCAAAUACUUUGUUCGUGUGACCUUGAGUGCAGUGCCCAUAUUGGAUAACAAGCGCCGGCUUCUUCAGCCCUUGCGUGUGCAUGAUGUAGUUGUGCCUGCUGGAGCCAAGUUGCUCCCCCCUCUUUACUUCACCGCUGCUGAGUCUGUGAAGGGGGUGUGUCUGCCAGUCAGCGGUGACAAAUCUUCCGAUACACUGUUAGCCGCUGGUGAGAGCCCUCCCGCGGCUGCAAUUGCAGAUGACAGGAAUGCGACGUCCUCCCCUAGGGUUUCCCUGCCUGUUCCUCCUCCCCCUUUGGGUUUAGUGGAUGGCUCGCCUUCUCCUUUUGGUUUAGCCGUGCCUGGCCCAGGUAGUAGAGCUGCCGCGAUAACCGUGACCAGUGCAGCUGAAGCGCUAGCGGCGGACUUGUGCGACACUCCUACGCAAGCACAGCUGCUGCAGGUUUUCGACACGUUACCAGCAGAAACUCCAGCAAGGGGUGUCAAGGACGCGCGGGAGAAGGCCUGGUCCGCUGGUGCCUACUCCCAGGGUACUUUGAGUGGCUUACGAAAGAACACCAAGCUUUUUCCGAAUGCCGUUCGGCUAGCUGUGAGGCUCCUGCGUUCCCGUUUUCCUCAUGCCACGUUUGCCACGGUGGCAAUAUACUCCAAUGUGUGCACUCCGAUGCAUCGGGAUGCCAAUAACUUGGAUGGGAGUUCCAACUAUGUGAUGGCCCUGACAGACUUUGCGAAAGGGGGCAUUUGGGUACAGGAUGAUGGGGGUCAGCAUGUAAGGGCCACGCCCCUUGGAAAGGCUACUGGUCGUGUCCUGCAAGUGUGCGACAACCCUGUGGAGUUCGAUGCACAUUGCUUUCACUGCACUUUGCCUUGGGAGGGCUCUAGAGUCGUGUUGAUCGGAUUCACACCCAAUCGGGUCGGUUCUCUAAAGGAGGAUGAUGUGCGUGUCUUACGGGACUUAGGCUUUCUUUCCUUUGCCUGGCCACCCUAUGCCGGUCUCUUGUGCAACAACGACGUGCCCCCCGGUUCACCAGACCGAGAGUGGGGAAACUGGCAUCCCAGCUCUUCACUUUCCUCACUGCCGGACCACCUUGAGUCAUGUGUGGAUAUGCUUGCUAAGGCUCCGCCACAUGCUGUGGUAGACAAGAGGAGGAGUUGGCUUGACAAGUGGACAAAACGCGCGUGUGAAAUUGAUCGUGACCCAGAUCCUUCGUGGGACAUCGAUGACCCGCACAUGAAACGUGUCCUUUGCAAAAAGCGUCUGCAGCUGCUUGAUGAAAUCAUUGCCGCCGAGGGCUAUGAUGAUGUAAACCUUGCUAGGGAUAUCUGGGCGGGCUUCGACUUAGUGGGUACUUCGCCUGUAUCCAAUGUUCUGCCAGGAAAGGUUACUCCGGCCUCAUUGCAUCCCGAUGACCUGUGUGCUGCAGCCCCUCGGGCCAAUGAGGCGCUCAAGGUCUCCUUGGGUUCCUCCGGUGAUAGGGAGAAGGACAUCUUGUUGUGGGAAAAGACGAUGAAAGAGGUUGACUCAGGCUGGCUCCUGGGACCUUUCGACUGGGACUCCUUGCCGCAGGAACAUGUUGUAUCCCACAGAUUCCCUCUGUUGCAGAGUGGAAAGCUGCGUCCCAUCGACGACUACAGCAGGAGCGGUGUAAACUCUUGUGUGACGACUUUGGAGCAGCCCACUGUGGAUACUGCAGAUGUAGCAGCUGCUAUGUUCGUCAGGUUGUGCACGAAGCUUCGCGAUUCUAAGAAACCCUCAUGGAUCAAGGGUCGUGCCUUCGACUUGACGGCUGCUUACCGCCAAUUGUGCGUAGCCUUAAGCUCGCGCCGCUUUGCUGUCAUUGCCGUAUAUGACCCACACCAGCAAAAGACCAUGCUAUUCACUCAGGUCUGCCUCCCCUUUGGAUCGCGGGCUUCAGUGAAUGGCUUCAUCAGGUGCUCCAGGUGCAUCCAAUGGCUUGCCAAUCGUUGCUUGCUUGUGCCCACUACCUCUUACUAUGAUGAUUUCAUUGUCGCAUCACCCGAUUGUCUUGCCGACAACACGGGUGCAACAAUGGAACUGCUGUUCCAACUCCUUGGUUGGGCCUUCGACAUGGAGGGGCCCAAGGCUGAUGUGUUUUCCAGGCAAGUGUCUGCGCUGGGACUUCGCUUCGACUUGGAGAAUACCGGCGACUGCGUGGUCACUGUUGACAACACGGAGAAACGUAAAGGCGACAUUCGUGCUUUUGUGACUCGCAUCCUUGAUGAAGGUGUGUUGCCUUACAAAGAAGGUCUUGAGCUGAGAGGCAAGCUCUCCUUUGCGAAUUCUCAAGUCAUGGGGAAAGCGGGCCAUUACGCUCUCAAGCACAUCAGUUCCCAUGUUCACGCCUGGCCUUUUGUGCCCAAGCUAUCCGAUCCCGCUCGGGAAGCUCUUAGUUUUCUACUUGAUCGUGUGUUGCAUGGGUCCCCGAGGCGCAUCACAAGAUCGUUGGGGCAGCCUUGGUUUGUCUUCACAGAUGCAAGCUUUGAGCCUGACUUCACCGGGGGUCUAGGGGGCGUUCUAAUCUCUCCUUUGGGUUCGGUUGUUAGUUGGUUCGGCCUGCCCUUAAGCGAGAGCGAUAUUCGCCCUUUGAUUCCAGUGGAUGCCAUCACGGGUAUCGGCGAGUUGGAAACUGUCGCAGUGGUGGUGGCCUUCAUGCUUUGGAGCCAGCACCUUGCGUCUUCAGAUUGCAUGGCAUAUCUUGACAAUGAGGGUGCACGCUUUGCUCUGAUAAAGGGCUACUCAGCUUCGUGGGCCGUCACCAGAGUCUGUCACAUCUUUGCCAGGACUUGUGAACAGAGUACCCUUUUGCCCUGGUGUGCGCGUGUGCCAUCGAGCAGCAACAUUGCUGAUGCACCGAGUCGUAGCAUUGCUUGCGAUCUUUUGCCACAGGACCGAGUUGCCGAUGUGUCCUCAGUCGCUGCCACAUACCGGGAUAUCGUGCAACAAGUCAUAACUCUUUCCUAA